CGUCACUGUCGGGGCCUGCCGUCAGUCUGCAGCUGUAAAUAUGUCGAAAUUGUGUGAUGAUUGUAUGCAUACUACAGCUUUUGAUACAUGCAUAGCUGUACUUUGAGAGGAUUCACAUUGUUUUAGCAAUUGUUGCUGUUUCUAGUUUCAUUGAAGGGUACAUGAUCACAAGUACGACACGUGAUAUCCAACUGACUGUGAGGCAGAGCUGAAGAAACCAUGAGGUCUCACUAGGUUGGCAGUGUUAAGUGCAGACAUUAUGUCGUACAGUAACAGAGAACUAGUUGUGUUCUUUAUAAGCUAUAAACUAUCCCAGAGGAACUACCCAAAUUGUCUGUUGGGGCAGGAGGAUGCAAGUGAAAGAACUGAGGGAAAUCAGGCCAACUCAGCCAUAACUAAUGGAUUGCCGGCAAAUGCCAGGAAUUACAGUGGCCCUAUUGGGACGUUGUCGUCUCCGUACGGCUUAGAGGUAGUAAAGGCAGCUCUCCGGGACUCCGCUGAUGAGUUUGAACUGCGCUAUACACGAGAAUUUAGUGACCUCUCCUCCCACAUCACCCCUGCCACCUACCACAGCUUCGAGAGUGUAAUGAACGAGGUAUUUAGGGAUGGGAUCAACUGGGGACGUAUAGUGGGCCUGUUUGCCUUUGGGGGUGCCCUUUGUGUGGAGUGUGUCGAGAAGGAUAUGAACCACCUGGUUUCUCGCAUUGAGGACUGGAUGACUACAUACCUGGAUAACCACAUAGAACCAUGGAUCCAGACCCAAGGAGGUUGGAACCGGUUUGCUGAGAUUUUUGGCAGAGACACGGCUGCAGAAGUGAGGAGAUCUCAGGAGAGGCUAAGAAGAUGGUUCCUAGUUGGAGUGGUGCUGCUUACUGGGGUGCUAGUUGGCACGCUUGUUGUGAGAAAAUAUAAGUAAAGUGGAAGACGGUGAACCACAUCUUGUUUACUCAAGCACAUACUUUAUAACACUAUACCAACAAAAAGAUAACUCAGUUGUUCAUGUUUACAAAAGCACCGUCUGCUUGUGCACUGACAGAAUGGCUGCAGCAGUUGGUGGGAGUAUCCAUAUGUAGCUUGAUGAGCUGUUUUGUCCUCACCUGCCUGUCCUGUAUCUUUUUCACAUACAGCAAAGUUUUUCAUCUGUUUGUAAAAAGGGUAUUACACUGAAGACUGGAAACGCUUUAAAUGUCACUGAUAAGCUAAGAGCAAGCGGGAUUAUUUUCAGCUGGUUUGAUUGAGACUGCUACACGUUUUUAAUCUUUGCUGCAUUACCCAUGGACCAAUUUUAAUUAUUUUCAAAUCAGCAUUAGACAAAUACUAUUAAGUUAUAUUCCCUUUUCUAUUUUGUAAAGCCCAGUUCUUUUUUGUUUGCUAUACUGGUGUUUUAGGCAUGCUUCAAAUAAUAAAUAUUUAUGU